AUGGGGUCAUCAGGCUCUUUCCCAGCCCUGGAGGACUUACAUUUUCCAUCAGCACAAGUGUCCAUCUCGCAGACCCUCUCAUCUCUGCGGCGUUCUGCUCUAUCCGUCACCAACCGGCUCCAGUCCAUUGAGGCGGAUGCUGCGUUUGUGCAGGAGGUGGCUGAGCAAUAUGGCCUUCCGCUAAUUGCAAAUGAACGCUGUGGCAGCUGGUAUAUAUCUCCCGAUGCCAAGAAGGGGAGUGCCUAUUUCAAGAGUACGGAUGGCCACACGGGGCAAUGGGAUUUUAGCUUUCGUAGGCUGAACCUGCAGCUUCUUCCGUUGGCAAACGAGUAUGGAGGAUGUGUAAUUGUGGACUCAACUCGCCGGGGGAAAUUGAUGCCCGACGCCUUAUCCAAAACCAUUCCUAUUUGGAGUGCAGUGCUUAAUCGCGCCCUAUUCCCCACGGAAACCGCAUGCCAUGCUGUCCAACUGCCACCCAACUACCUCGGUAAAUCAGAGGAAUCGCAAAUCGAGAAUCGUAUUGAUGGUUUCGUCCAUUCUCUCAAGUCCCUCAAGCUUGAUCUAGACCAGCUGCGGCAGCAACUCGGAAAGCCUAUUCGAGUGGCUUGGGCUAAUCCGGAGUACUUCUAUCCGACGGAUCUGCGAAAAGAUGAUGCCUCGUGUCUUUUCGUCCUGUGCUCCGCCUCGAAGCGUGUUCAUGGCGCUGAGAUGUCCGAAGGUGGAUACAUCCAAGGCGCGGGCGACGACAGCGAGGGCUGGGCGCAUGGGCUGACGCCUCCCGUGUUCUGGGCGAAUCAGGCUGCAUUGAAGCAGACCUCAGAGGAGGAUCUGCCAGAUCUGAUUGCGGAAUUGAUCGCCGAGUAUCAGCAGCAACGUGGUGAACAGGAAGCGACGCUUAUCUCUCCGACUAAGAACCUCUACAUCAAUCCGACGGAUCCUAGUGUAAACGGUAGCGGUAGGUAUGACCUUGUUAUUGACUGCAAUGGUGAUCCGGCUAUCGUGGAAGAGAACCCAAAGCGUCUAAAUUUAGGUUGCGCGUCGGCCAAAUUGGGGAGUCGGGAUCUACGAAAAUCAUUGGAUAAAGUGCGAGAUUUUGUCAAUGCACAACUUGGAUCAGAUCCAUCGCAGUCAAUAUUGAUUACUUGCGACACAGGCAAAGAUCUCUCAGCUGGAACACUAUUGGCGAUUGUGUGCCAAUUUUACAACGAUAACGGGGAAUUCGAUGCGUCGCUAAGCAAGCGCUCAAUCAGCAAAACCUUCAUCCGACAGCGACUUGCGUGGAUCGUGUCAUCGAAACAUGACGUGAAUCCGUCUCGCUCGACUUUACAGUCGGUGAAUGCCUUCUUGAUGCAGCCUCCGGAUUAUUGA